AUAUUGAUGAGUGUGCCUUGAAGACCCACACCUGUUGGAACGAUUCAGCCUGUGUGAACCUGGCAGGAGGGUUUGAUUGCCUUUGUCCUUCUGGACCAUCUUGCACUGGAGACUGUCCCCAUGAAGGCGGCUUCAAGCGGAAUGGGCAGGUGUGGACCCUGAGGGAGGACAGAUGCUCCGUUUGUUCCUGCAAGGACGGGAGGAUUUUCUGCCGGAGGACAGCCUGCGACUGCGAGAACCCCAACGCUGAUCUCUUUUGCUGCCCAGAGUGUGACACCCGUGUCACCAGCCAGUGCCUCGACCAAACUGGGCACAAGCUCUACCGCAGUGGGGACAACUGGACCUACAGCUGUCAGCAGUGCCGUUGCCUGGAAGGAGAGGUGGAUUGCUGGCCUCUUCUGUGCCCAAAUCUAAACUGCGAGUACACAGCCAUCUCGGAAGGAGAGUGCUGUCCUCACUGUGUCAAUGACCCCUGUCUCGCUGACAACAUCACCUACGACAUCAGGAAAACCUGUCUAGAUGGCUAUGGAAUCACAAGACUUAGCGGUGCUGUAUGGACAAUGGUGGGAUCUCCUUGUACAACCUGCAAAUGCAAGAAUGGGAACGUCUGCUGCUCGGUGGAUUUAGAGUGUCUCAACAAUAACUGACAUAGUCAGACUGGACUGUGCCGAGGGAGGAAAACUGAUGACGUUAACACCUGAAAUGAAGUCGUAUGCAUUGGCGUUUUGUACAACAGACAAUUACCAAAGUCUCCGCAUGAGGAAGAUGUUUGGGAGUUGCCUUUGGGACCUAUCACUAUGCUCAUCCUUGCUAGCCUUGUCUGGGUGACUUACAGUACAGCGCAUAUAAGUCAAUGGUUGUUAAAAGUUUUCAGUGUUGUAAAUUACACACUUUUCCUGUCAAGACAUUUGCAAAUAUGUUUAAAUUAUUUCAUGGGUAAACGAAUGAUGUAUUUUUGGUUUAAUUUGUGUAUUGACAACAUGAUAGAAUUCAGCUCUUCUUACUUUGAAUCUAGAUUUUACAAAUAAGACAGCCUGUUGUGAUUUUUUCCCAUGAUAUCACAUACUUAGUUC